CUGGUAAAUGGAAAACAAAUAGCAACAAAUAAAAGGAAGAACAAAAAGGGACACGCAACAUUAGCUGCGCACACACAUCGAAGGACAAAGAGCAAUAAGUCCUGUCGGAGCAAGGAAUGAUGGAGAACGACAGCGGCACAGGGCUGGCUGGUGAUGAGUCUGUGGACUGGAGCAACUGGAGCACACCCGCCGUCCUGUUGUACAAUGCCCUGAGCAGUGCCACGCCGCUGCCCGACUACAGCCCAGACUUUGCUGGCAGCGCCUACAAUCUCAGCCAGGACGUGUCGACGGUUGUGCCGCUGGCUGCCGCCGAGGCUGCUGGCACGAGGGGCCCAGCCAUGGAGACGGCCGACUCGUUUGCAUUCGUGAUGCCCUGGUGGCGUCAGAUCCUGUGGAGCAUACUCUUUGGCGGCAUGGUCAUUGUGGCAACGGGCGGCAACCUAAUUGUCGUAUGGAUUGUGAUGACCACGAAGCGCAUGCGAACAGUCACCAACUACUUCAUAGUGAAUCUCUCCAUUGCGGAUGCCAUGGUGUCCAGCCUGAAUGUGACCUUCAACUACUAUUACAUGCUGGACAGCGACUGGCCCUUUGGGGAACUCUACUGCAAAAUCUCACAAUUCAUCGCCAUGCUGAGCAUCUGCGCCUCGGUCUUCACUUUAAUGGCCAUCUCCAUCGACAGAUACGUGGCCAUUAUGAGGCCACUGCAGCCCCGGAUGAGCAAGCGAUGCAAUUUGGCCAUUGCCGCGGUUAUCUGGCUGGCCUCCACCCUCAUCUCCUGCCCCAUGAUGAUCUUCUACAAGACAGAGGAAGUGCCGGUGCAGGGCAACAGCACAAGGACCGUCUGCUAUCCGGAGUGGCCGGAUGGUCAAACGAAUCAUUCCAUGCUGGAGUACAUCUACAACAUACUCAUCAUGAUACUCACCUACAUACUGCCCAUUGUGUCCAUGACGGUCACCUACUCCCGCGUGGGCAUCGAGCUGUGGGGCUCCAAGACCAUCGGCGAGUGCACGCCCAGGCAAACGGAGAAUGUGCGCAGCAAGCGGCGGGUGGUAAAAAUGAUGAUUGUCGUCGUGCUGAUAUUCGCCAUUUGCUGGCUGCCCUUCCACAGCUACUUUCUGGUCACGUCCUGCUAUCCGGCCAUCACGGAGGCACCCUUUAUACAGGAGCUCUAUUUGGCCAUCUAUUGGCUGGCGAUGAGCAACUCCAUGUAUAAUCCCAUUAUUUACUGCUGGAUGAAUUCGCGCUUUAGGUACGGCUUCAAGAUGGUCUUUCGCUGGUGUUUGUUCGUGCGCGUGGGCGCAGAUUCGCUCAACCGAAGGGACAACCUAACCUCACGAUACUCCUGCUCCGGUUCGCCCGAUCACAAUCGUAUUAAGCGGAAUGACACACAAAAGUCUAUACUUUACACCUGCCCCAGCUCACCGAAAUCGCAUCGAAUAUCACAUUGUGGAGUCUUGCGCAAUGCUCCGCUGCGUGCCAGUCAGCAGCACGAGAGCCUGCACCGCCACUCGGCGCCAGUGGAUCAGCUGAGCCACAGCAACAGAAAGCGGGCGCCGUACCAGCAGGAGCUGCAGCAUCGCUGGACUGGCCAGAGCAGUGGCGCCAGCAACACCAGCAGUUCCGCUCUGGCAAUGGAAAGUCAAACCACGCAGCUGCUCUCCUGACAGUCGACGAACCCUGCAGCCCUACCCCUCGAAAACGUUGAGCUGCAGCUGCAGACGCAGAUUGUCUCCUCCUCAUCGCCGCACAACAAUAACUAUCGACGCGCCAAUUUGGGUGGUCGGACAGGGGCAGUGCCGGGCAACGACAAGGAUGCCGCCGAUGACAAAACCUGGCUAUAAGCUUACUUUAUUUAGGUCUCGAAUUUAUACUCUUAGCAGAUUAGCAAAAAGCUUAACACAAAUAUUUAUCAACAAUGAUGUUCCAAUGCAGUUCUCAGUCCGCUCUCAUGCCAAGUACCUUCAAUCGAUGUGAAUGAUUCCACGCACCAGCAGCCCACCCAUUUGCACAUAUCAAACGGAUAUUUAAUGAUGGAGUUUCAUGUUACAAAUGCUACUCGAAGUUGUUUUAAAAUAAUGGUACAUUGGGAGACAGAAAGGGCUUGAAAUUUGUAGUCAGGGAAAGAGUUUUUCUUUUAUGUUUAUGUUUUUAUAAAUAAAAACCUUAAAGAAGUGUUCGCUCAUGUUUAAGCUGUAAAUACUGUUACUGGUUCCUCGAAUCUCCUACGUUUCCCUACCACACACAAACCAAUCAAUUCGCUUUAAGCUGCCGACUUAAGUUGUACAAAAUAAGUAACUGAGUAUCAAGUAUGAGUACGAAUAGGAGUAUGAGUACGAAUACGAAUACAAUUACUCGUCUGUGCACUCGUGCGACGUAUGUUUCAUGUAAAUAUAAAUGUCUGAAUGUAAACCUCUUUGCGAAUAAAACGACUUGCUAUUUAUGAA